GUGUCAGAGCUCUUUGAGUUAGAGAAGAAGUACUGUAAGUGGACAUAACUAAACAGGGCUGUGAUAUUUUACAGUGCGGUUCGAGCCGAUUCGAUUUUUUUUUCCAAUCCAUCUUCACACAGCUUAUCCUGCACACAGGGGGGCAGGAGUCUGUCCCAGCCAACUUCAGGUGAUAGACGGGGUUCAUCCUGGACUGGUCGCCAGCCAAUCACAGGGCUACACAGAGACACACAACCAUUCACACACACACACUUUGCUCGACCACGUUCGGAGGAGUCGAUGGAACGGGCGAGUCGCAGCAGGGGUGACGUAUGCGGUCAACGAAUGCGUCCUAAAGAAUGCAGCCAAAGGAAUUGAGACACAGCUUCUGUGUCUUAUUGCUUGUGGUUGUCUCUUCUAAAUGUCUCAUGGCUUGCUGUCUCCUCCUCUAAUUGGCUCAUGGUUAUCUCAUCCUCUGAAGGUCUCAUGGCUCGAGGUUGUCUCCUCCUCUGAAGGUCUCAUCACUCCUGGUUGUCUCCUCCGAAGGUCUCAUGACUGUCUCUUCUUAAGAAGGGAGGAGGGUGAGGAAGAACCCGUCGACCUGCCUCCCUCUGGAGGGAGAGACAGGUCCCACAUAAAGACCCGUAAGGCCCGCCGGGAGCACCGCCAUGCCAAUAGGGGGGUGGAGAUGGCCACCGUGCCGCAGGCAGGGAUGGAGCUAGAGACCCAGGCCACAGAGCCAGUGGCGGGCCCCUCGGAGCCGGAGGCAGACUUAGCAGAAGACGGCGAGUCUACGUCAGGUUCCCCCAGGCAGCGGCGCUCCAUCAUACGGGACCGCGGGCCACUGUACGACGACCCGUCGCUGCCCGAGGGCUGGACCCGCAAACUCAAGCAGAGGAAGUCUGGCCGCUCUGCGGGCAAGUUUGACGUCUAUCUCAUCAACUCGGAGGGAAAAGCGUUUCGUUCCAAGGUUGAACUCAUCGCCUACUUCCAGAAAGUCUGCGACACGACCACCGACCCCAACGACUUCGAUUUCACAGUCACAGGACGUGGAAGCCCUUCACGCCGUGAGAAGCGGCCCACCAAGAAAGCGAAUGUGGCAAAACCAUCGGGGCGAGGCCGCGGGAGGCCCAAAGGCAGCGGGAAGAUUCGGCAGGCUACGGAAGGCGUGGCCAUGAAACGCGUGGUGGAGAAAACUCCGGGCAAACUGCUGGUCAAAAUGCCCUUCGGCAAGGCAGAGUCUUCCACUGGCUCCGCCUCUGCAGCUUCAAAGGUGGUGUCUCCUGCUCCCGCGCCCAAGGUCCGUCCCGGGAGGAAGAGGAAGUCGCAGCAGGAUUUUCCGCCUCCACCGCCGACCACUCCCAAGAAACGGGGCAGGAAAGCGACCGCUGUCUUGAUGUCAUCGAUGGCUGCCACGGCGUCCCCCACCCCAACUGCGUCCACCUCAACAGCCGGGGGAUAUGCUGCAGCAACCAUUUUAGCCGUGGAGGCCAAACGUCAAGUGGCCAAGGAGUCCCCGGUCAAACUGGUCGUCCAGGAAACCGCCCUCCCGAUCAAGAAGCGUAAAACAAGAGAGACGGUAGAGGAGGCGGAGAGCGCUGGGACUCCGGCCACCAACACAAAGACUGACAGGAGAGUCGCCGGAGAGGGGGAGGCUGGUAGAGAGGAGGGGGGUCCGAUCCCAGAACCUCCGCCCACCACCUCUGAGCAAAGCCAAUUACAAUUGGCUUCAGAUGAAAGCCAGUCGCACAGACUCAAGGUGCACAAAGGGAGGAAGCACAAGGAGAAAACAGGAGAAGGAGGAAGCAGAGGAGAGGAAGUAGAGGAAGACAUUGUAGAUGAAGUAGGAGGAAUAAGUAGCAGCAGUAGCAUCGCCCCAUCCAAAAGCCACAAACGAAAGGAGCGGCUGCCUCACAAACACCAUCACCACCACCACCACCACCACCACCGCCACCAACAUUCCUCCCCCCCCACGUUAGACCAGCCUUCCACCCCCCCUCCGGCUUCUGGACACCCGACGCCCUCUGGCCAGUCGAGGCCCAAAGCCAAGCCACACACUCACCCUCAGACCUCGCCGGACACUCUGCCUUCCCGCCCUCAACCACGGCAUCAACCUCCACCCUGUUCUCAGCAGCAUCCCAAGAUCCAGUCUGCCAGUCAACUCCAAGACUCUCCUCGGUACCCAGGAAGCCAUCCCUCUCCUACCAGGCAUGUCCUUCCCCAGCCAAGGUCCCAGCCCCCUCCAUUCCAAAUCCAAAGUCAGACUAUGGCCUGCCCCCAGAGAGGCCUAUCGCAGCCGAUCACCCCCCCUGCUCAGCACCACACCCAGCUCUUAGCUCAGCACUCACCACCCCAGUCGCCCCCUUCCCAGUCCCCUUCCAUCCUGCAGGUUUAUCCACCCCAAAAGAGGCAUCCACAUUCACAAACCCAGUUUCCAACAGCACUCCAACCGCUGCCUCAACUUCAGGCCCAGUCCAAGACCCCUGCCCAACCCCACCCCAGAACACCGGCCCAAAAUCCAACUCAACCCCGGUCCAGGACACCGGCCCAACUCCAGAAUCAACUGCUGCUCAGAUCCCAGCCCACUACCCCAGCACGAACUGCGGUACAAUCCCAAUCCAGAACUCCAGCCCAAACUCCAACUCUGUCCGAGUCCAGAAUCCUGGCCGAAAGUCCACCUCAACCCCAGUCCUGGACCCCAGCCCAAAGUUCAACUCCGUCCCAGUCCAGGACCCAAAUUCCCACUCAGCAUCACCCCCAGACAAGUCAGUCAUCGCAACACCAAUCCCAGACUCAAUACAGACCACAACCCAGACAGUCUCCCUACCACCAGCCCCCCCAGUCCCAGACACAACAACACGUCCAUCAGAUUCAAACACAGCCCCGCCCUCAGCUCACCAGGCCUCACCGACCAUCUCCCAACCUGAGCAGGACCAGCUUAAGCCCGGCUCAACGGAACCAGAGCGAACAGCCCCAGGAUCUAAGCACCACACGGGCCGGUCGAGGAAGCCGGGAGGACAGCGUGGAAGGCCUUGGGCAAGAGGGGCGAGGCGAGUCGGACACAGCCUUGGAAACCAGAGAGGUUGUCGGAGAAGGAGGAGAUAGAGGGUCCAACAGCACUUUGAGGCCUACCGGCCCCGCACCAUCCGUUCCUCCUGGAGCAGCCGGGGUAACAGAAGGCCUUCCAGACCUGGUCCCCUGUCCCGGCCGGGAGGAGACUGUGGAGACUCGGACCGCCGUCAGCGAACAAGUCAGCUGAUCCGUCGGGACGGACGGAUUCAGUGCCGGGUACGAGAGGAGCUUGAUCGGGCCGCUCAGGAGGGAGUUAAGUGGUUUCAGACCGUUUCAAAAAGAAGGAUUAACGUCACACAGAGCUGGGGGACUGUAGCAGCUCCUGGAGACUCUGGGGUUCUGGAGAGGACAGGAAUUGUCUUUUUCUGGAAAAAAGAAAAAAACAUGUUUAAAAAGUGUGUGUAAAUAUAAUCAAAAGGCAGCUGUUGUGUCCCGCUAGUCUGAGAGUCUGGACCUAAAAUGCUUAACAACACUUUGCUUCCCAAAUAUAAACCCGGUUUGGUUUUUGUUUUCAGUAUUUUGAUUUUGUUAAAAGCUUUACUGCUUUGUAUCCGUUAUACAGCUUUAAACUCUGAAGUUAUUAAACUGAUGGUCCUUUACUCAUCAACCUGCUCCUGACAGAGAGCGAGGCGCACAGGCAGAUUAUUACGGUAGAAGUCAGCAUUGUUACUCGUUGACUUUCGCUGAUACCUCCUCCUCUUGACUGGUGACGUGCAGUGGUAGUUUGCACCUUAAAUUGGUUCCUUGCCAACCUACCAUCAUCAGAGAUGGAGGGCUGUAAUGUUCCCUCUUCUUCCACAAGAACUCGCCCUACUCCGCAAUCUCUGUCUCAUUUCGUUGGCUGCAUCCUCAUGAGGACCCGAACUUCUGGUCUACCUGGGCUGGGUCUCUGACGUCCGCAUAGACUGAACCUAGCGGUCUCUGAGGAGACAGUCCUGCUUGUGUCAUAAUCUUUUCUGCUGCCGCUCCUGUUGCCUAGCAACUUGCUGCGCUUGACAUUAAAAGCUGAAAAACUUGUUUGUUCUAAAUGUGUGUAGCUACCUGGAGGGACCCAGUGGAGUUCAGAUGAGGGGGGGGCAGAAUGAGCAGUUUGUUCUCAUGUUGUAUUCAAAACACAACAUGGGAUCUACGUCACAUAACUUCAGCGAUUUUAUAAACUAAGAUAUGAUGUUAUUUAUUAGAAUAUAACAUCUAUAUCGGUAGAUAUUCAAGUGAAUUCUAGUACUUACAUUCUAGAACUUAAAUUCAUCCCGCAAUGCAUGAUGGGAUGUGGGAUAGGCUUGAUCAGACGUGUCCUCCACAUCGCCCCCUGGAGGGCUGCGUUUAAGGAGCAGACAACGUAACAGCCGAGUGGCAGCUGCGAUGAAUGAUGAGCAGCCUCAGAAACCGUCGGCCUCGGGGAUGAAGCCGUCGAAAUGAGACACAGCUUUUGGGUCAGAAACAUCUGGAAGACAAAACAUCUGGACUAACCUUUUAGUUCUUCAGACUCAUCCAGCUGUUCUUCCACUUACAGGUUCUUCCUCUUACACCCAACAUCUGCUCCUGUGUUUUACUUCAAUGUUGAAUGGCGAACUGUUUCUACAGCCUCCGAACCUCACUUAAACAAGACCGUCAGACAGAGAACACGACCUCCUGAUCAGAGCGCUUUAUGUUCAGCAGGCGAAGUUCCCAACAAUUCCUCCUCACUGAUUGACCACUACAAAGUGGGCGGCUUUAAAGGUUUUGGAGGUCAAGUCCUGCCCCCUCCCAUAGUCAUGGAAGUCAUUUUUGAAAUUACAAUGUCAUCUUUUGAAAGUUAAAUAGUUCUGUUGAAUGUUUGUACAUUUAAAAGUCUGUUUGUAAAUACACAGCAGUCUAGCUAGACAGCUAAUCAAGGAGAGAACGUGACACUGAGAGAACAUCCUAAUAAUCAUGUAUUUUACCACUUUUGCAAAGAUGUUUGAAACGUGUGAAAUGUCUUUUAGAUGUACAAACAUUAAUCAUGUAAUUCACCUCACUUUUUAUUCUGAAGGCCCAUGGUGGUCAUCAACAAGGGGCAGGGCUUCAGCUCGGAUGCAUCUUUUAGGAUUGAAUGAGGUUUCUGAGGAUUUGAUGGAAAGUUCUUCCUGUGUUGGUUCUUGGAACCCACUCGUUUCUAAGGCGCCUUCAGCCCUGCGAUUGGCCAAACUGCAUCCUGGGAUUCGUAGUCUCCGGCCAGAGGCUCCACAAACCAUCCAAUCAGUGAAUGUCCAUUAACGUGCCUCUCACCUUGAAGGCCCCGACCGCCCGUCGGCAUGCUGUCUGUCAUGCAGCUGCAUAAAUCCAACGCCCCCCCUCCCCACCAGACUUGGCGGCCAUCUUGCAUGUUCAUGGGUCUAAUGCCUCUGCUGUCGUGCGUCUUGCCAGAAGCCUCCAUGUUUGUAGUUGUGAUGUUCAGUGACUCUUCAUAGUGGAUCAACAAAAUACACAAAUAGUUUUUACCUGUUCUCUUAUUUUUAUUUCUAACUAAAAGGAUUUGUUGUCCGAGGAAAACGUCUGUGUGAUGAUUAUAGUACAACGUCAAGGUACUUCUACCUGCUGCCUGUCUCCACUACAUCUGUAGUACUUUGUUCUGUACUUCGUCUCAGAGGUACAGUACAUGUUAAAAGUUUGGACACACCUCGUUCUGUCGGGGUUUUUUACAUUAAAGAGUAAUAUUUAACACAUCAAAACUAUGAAGAAGACAUGGAAUUCUGUGGUGAAUGAGAAAUGCCCAACAAACCAGAAUGUUUUAUAUUUUAGAUUCUUCCGGGUAGCCACUACUUGGUCUGAUAACAGCCUUACACACUUGCAAGUUGUGAUUUCUCUUUACCAGGCACACCUGUUAAUGGAGAACCUUCCAGGCGACUCCCUCAAGGAGCUGGUUGAAGGAAGCCCAAGAGGUUCAAAGCAAAAGGUCCAACAUAGGAAACCAAUUCUGUUUUAAUUUACCACAUAAUUUCAUAUGUGUUCCUUCAUAGUUUUGACGUCAACAUAAUUCUACAAUGUAGAAACAAAAGAAAAAUAAAGGAAAUUCAUUGAAGAAGAAGGUGUCAAAACCUUGACUGCACUCUACGUGUAGUACUUUAUACUGUACUACAUGUGACCGCGGCAAGGCCCGGAUGGGUUCAAAAUUGACUAUGUACUUGACCUAUAAUACUGGCUUGUACCACUAAAAGCCUACAGAUUAUAGGGUAGCAGUGAAGGAUUUAUUGAGACCAAGGAUUACCCAAAGAUGACAAUACGUAUUACAAUAAAUACCAAGGUUACAAAGGGACGUCACCGAACGCGUGCAGCUCAAGGUGUGGCUUAUAAUGUGGGGGAAACUAAUUGGGAACCAGCGAGGAGGAGGGGCUAAGGCCGACCCAGCCCACCAGUAGCCAGGGAGGGACACUUCACAGCUCUUAUACUGUACUUAAACAUUUAACAUUUGACUAAUUUAUUAUACAGAACAAAAAGACUAUGAAAAAGCGGAAGAGGGAAGGAGCCAGGCCCAGAUGGAGGGUCGCCUCCGGGGUACACUUUGGGUUGUGGGGGGGAAAACUCUGACCGUUGUCUGUGCGUAUGCACCAGGUAUCCGGAAUCAGGAAUCAGGAAACAUUUAUUACCAUAAUAUGUCAGACGGGAAUGUGACUUGGCGGUUAGAGCGUAACAGCAGGCUGUACGACAAUGGACGACAAGAGAACAGUGCAUGAGGAAUAAAAUAUAAUACUAUGGGUUAGUUUAAAAAUAAAGGAAUAAAAGCUAAAAGUGGAAAAUAUUUGAAAAUGAAUGAAGUGCACCAGCGAAGAGAAAGUGACAAGUGAAAGUGACGUGUGCAGUGAGAAAGAAAGUGACUGGUGGGUUCGGGUUAGUCCGUCAGUGGGGGGCCGGCUCUGUUGAUGAGCCCGACUGCCGACGGGAAGAAACUGUUGGUGUGGCGGGAGGUCUUAGUUCUGAUGGCCCUCAGCCUCCUGCCGUCCACCAAACAAGAGUUUGUAUCCUUAUGGUUGAAUGCACUUAGUGUCGCUUUGGAUAAAAGCGUCAGCUAAAUGACAGUAUGAUGUAAACAGCAGCUCGGAGUAAAUGGCCUUUUUGGAGACCCUGAAUGGAGUUCUGCUUGGGGCUCCAGUCGCAGCCAAACUGACGCAUAUGGAGGCAAAUCACUGUCAAAAUUCAAGAGCGCAAAUCAGUUUGAUGCACGCGCGUAAAACAAACACCCGCGAGCAAAAGUCCGUGUCGCAUGAGCAAAUUUCUCGCGCGAGAUAUUUGCUCGCUCACGGAACGUGAACUUCUCGUGAAUCUCUGCAAAAACAAUCUCUACAGGUGUUUUCUACGCGCUCGCUGUUGUUCUUUUUGAUAGUCAGGGGGCGGAGCCAGCCACCAUGGUAUCUACAUCUGAUUGGUUACAAACCCCGUCUUUGGAUUGGCUGGAGUGAUGCAUUCACACAACUAUAGAAGCCCGUUUCCACACUGAAGAAAGGGGAUAGAAAGUCGAAAUUAUGAGAUAAAACGUUGUCAAAACACAAAUAACAGCACAAAGUCUUUCUCUCUGAGACAGACUUUUGCUCGCCGGUGAUUUACGCGCGAGCAUCAACUUGAUUUGCGCUCUCGAAUUUUGACAGUGAUUUGCCGCCAUAGACGCAUGCGGUCGACAAAUGCGACCUUAAGGAAGCAGCCGAGGGAAUUGAGACACACCCAAAUAGUCCAAAAAGUGACCUCAUAACGUCUAUUUCUAACCACUUGUCCUUGACCUCUGGAAAACUUCACAGAAAGAUGGUGAGGAGAAUUCAUGAGGAGUCAGAGAAUCUGACUCCACUUUCACUAAGCUGCGUAGUUUUGUUAGUGACGUCAGUCUGCAGCGGCGAAAUUUAAAUAUUGCCUGUGCAAGAAAUUGUUGGACGUAAUUAUCUCCUUUCCUUAACUUAAGGAAGUUGGUUAUUAUAAAGGAGUUAAGUAAGGAAGCAUUGAAGCUCCUUUCCUUAGCAUUAGAGAAUUUCGACAGCUCUUAUCGUGGCGGCCAAUAUUAUAUAUUAUACUGAAUUUCCUGUGAGGGUGACACAAAUAAGACUGUUAAACUUUUAUUUACAACUUUCUUUUGUGUUGCAAUAAAUGUUGAAUAUUGAACUACAAAUA